UUGUUUACUACUGUAGCUGUAGAUAAAAUUCUACGGAGAUGACGUAUGCUGAUUGAAAUCAGAUGACGUGUGUCACUGUUGAUUGGAGCAUUUUCUAUUUUCUGAAAAUUCAAAAUAAUUUCUAAAGAUGGCAAAUAUUGGAACCGUAAUUUCCAAAUUUUAUACUGAAUACACUACUAAAACACCAAAGAAGUUGAAAAUAAUUGAUGCUUAUUUAUUAUACAUUCUACUGACCGGCAUUGUUCAGUUUGUUUACUGUUUACUAGUGGGAACAUUCCCAUUCAAUUCUUUCUUAAGUGGUUUCAUUUCAACAGUCAGCUCCUUCGUUUUGGCUGUGUGUUUGCGACUACAAGUGAAUCCAGAAAACAAAAAUCAAUUUCAAGAUGUGAGCCCUGAGAGAGGAUACGCCGACUUUAUAUUUGCUAGUAUCGUCUUGCACUUGGUUGUAAUGAACUUCAUUGGUUAAUAUAUUAGUUUAAUAUAUUUUCAUGUUAAUUUCUGUUUUGAUAUAAAAAUGUAAUAGAUUAUUUCAAGGUGA